GCAGAACUUAAUGCGACCAUUCUAACUGCUGCUGUCUUGCUGUUCACACAGUUCUACACCACCCGAGUUACAAACAAAGUUCCUGAUUAUCCCUAUAACAUCUGACAUCAUCAUGGUUGGAAGUGGAAACCGUUUAAGUUUCGUGUUGGUGUGGUCAAUGCUUGUUGUGAUCUGGGGUCAGAGACCAUUGUGUUCACUACGCGAUGUCGCCACUAUAGAAGACUUGGAAGAGCUCAUUCAGCUCACUGCUAGAAGUCUUGGCGUAAGAGAAAUGUCACUACUGAAACAACUUCAAGGACAUCUAGACGAGAAGAGAUAUGUCACGGAAACAGUACGGGAAAGGAAAGAGAACAUCCCAACGUCACAAAAUGUAUUUAUCUCACCACGUGGCCCGCUGAUUCCCAUGCCUCCACCAGGACUACGACCGAGGUCUUUCCGACAGCUACCAAGACGCCCUGAUAAUGGCUUCUUCUCUACUUUUAAAAUGACAACGCCUCCGGCAGGAGUCCGAGUCAAGAUUAUUUCCGAUCACAAUUCUGUACCUCUCUUUGACGUCAUUGUAACGUUAUCGCCAUUGAUGAGCGUGGAAGAUGCCCUUCAUCAAGCAAGUAUUAAGUACAGCCGCAUGAUGUCGCUACCUUUGGCACGGAGUUUGAUUGUACUACACCAUUCUCAACUUCUACAAUGUUCCAUUGUGAAAGGAAUGCCAGAAAUUUCGGAAUUUCGGAUGAUACGCAUUCUAGAUAAAGACGAGAAUGUUGUAUACGACAACAUGUGUAUUCCCUCCCCACAGGAGUUACUAGUGGAACCAGGAAUGACUAUUAUUAUCCAUUGAACCUUCUAUAUGGUCACGGAUUUAAACUUUUUUCUUUCUUUUUUUUUAUUUUUAGUGGACCACAAGUACCUGUAGAAUUUUGCAGUUUGAAAAAAAUACUCGCUUACAAAAAUGUCUCUUUUAAAAUGUGUAUUAAAUAGGUGAAAUAAAAAU